UAAUCACGCACUGCCACUAUCGAAACACGAGCCCAUGCAUUCACCAUCCCAUUACCACAUGGCUGCACAGACAUACCUAUUUAAGGCUGCAUGAGGCUGGCUGCUGUGAACGGCUGUUAAAGAAAAAUUCUUUACUGCGGUUGCUUUGCUUUGUCUUGUUCCUCUAUACUCUCUUUGCGUCUAUUUACUCACCUCUGGGUGACAGGCCUUGGUUAUGGAGGAGAAAAACCCCAAAGUGGAGGCGACUCGUCUGCGUUGGCAGACAGGCGACGAGGAAAUUGGUGAAAGUGACAGGCCCCGUUUGAAUAGACUGAAUCGCACUGCCUCCAAUAGUUCCCAGCUCUCUUCCCGCAGUCUCCAAGGAAGGACUACUGUUGACCCCUCUCUCUCACUGCCAAUUCACUAUCGUACAGUUUCUUUUGACAUUGACGAAGCCGAUGCCUCUCGCCGUAGCAAAGUUCUUCAAGCAAAGAGUGAAAUCGCCACUGACCUCUCAAACCUCGACUGGCAUACUAUCUCCGUCGAAGAGUUGCAGAAACGUUGGCAAGUUGAUGCAUCCCAAGGCUUGUCGCAAGACCAGGUCCAAAAGCGCCUCCGGCAAUAUGGCAAAAACGCCAUCUCGCCCAUCCCUCACCGAUGGUUCUGGCAGAUAUUCGGAUACUUCUUUAAAGGUUUCGGGGCGAUCCUCCUCGUCGGAUGCAUUCUCGUCUUCAUUUCGUGGAAGCCCCUGGGCCAACCUCCAUCGCAAGCAAACCUAGCACUAGCAAUCGUCCUGCUUGCCGUAUUCUUUAUCCAAGCAGGCUUUAAUGCGUGGCAAGAUUGGUCCUCCUCCCGUGUAAUGGCAUCGAUUACUGCUAUGUUACCGGAAAGCUGCUUAGUCCAGAGAGACGGAUCUCAGCUCAAUGUGGAUGCCCCAAAUAUUGUGCCGGGAGAUGUUGUCUACCUCAAGGCUGGAAACAAACUACCCGCUGAUGUGCGGCUGAUUGAAGUUUCGAACGAUGCAAGUUUCGACCGGUCGAUCCUGACUGGCGAAUCCUUGCCAGUUCAUGGGACGGUGGAUUCGACAGAUAAUAACUAUCUUGAAACCCAUUGCAUUGGCCUUCAGGGGACCCAUUGUGUUUCAGGAAGUGCGAAGGGAAUCGUUGUUGCCACGGCCGACUCUACGGUCUUCGGUGGAAUUGCUAAAUUGACUAACGAGCCUAACAAAGGUCUGACAACUCUAGAAAAGGAAGUCUUGCGCUUUGUCGUACUGAUAGUCCUGAUCAUGCUGACAAUGAUCAUUGUUGUUGUCGUCGUUUGGGCUGCCUGGCUUCGAACUGAUCAUCCGGACUGGAUUAAUGUCCCUACCCUAAUCGUGGACUGUGUUAGCAUCGCGAUCGCAUUCAUUCCAGAGGGUCUCCCAAUUGCGUUAACUGCGAGCUUGACCAUCACUGCUAAUAUCAUGCGGAAGAAUCAAAUUCUUUGCAAGUCACUGAAGACAGUCGAGACUCUGGGUGCGGUGUCAGUCAUCUGCUCCGAUAAAACGGGCACCUUAACAAGAAACAAAAUGUUCGUUACCAAUUGUGCCAUAUCGACCUCAACCUUGAGUCCCGAGACCGCGAGAGACCAGAUGGUAGCGGAUGGGAGAACAUCGGGUAUCCACCAACUCCGUGCUGUAAGCGCUCUCUGCAAUGCGGCUGAGUUCGAUGCUUCAUCCACUGGCCUUCCUCUUCCUGAGAGACGUAUAUAUGGAGAUGCAACCGAUCAGGCUGUCCUCAGGUUCUCCGAAAGUCUAGGUUCCGUCUUGGAGAUGCGGCAGGCGUGGAGAAUGACCUACGAGCUGCCAUUCAAUAGCAAGAACAAAUUCAUGAUCCGGACGUUUAAUGUAGCGCAGCCGAACGGAUAUCGUCUAGCACUGUCGCCAGCAGAAGCAAUGCAAUUCAAACAAGGGGACACUUUACUGACGAUUAAAGGCGCUCCAGAUAUUUUGAUCGAGCGAUGUACCCACACCAUUGGUCUCGACGGUAAUGUCGAGACACUCGAUGGCCAUGUACGCAGGAAAGUACUCGAGAUAAAGGACCAGUGGUCCAGCGAAGGUAGACGUGUUAUUCUGCUUGCUCGCAAGGUUCUUCCAGCUGCUGAAAUCCUUGUACACCCAUCCUCUCGCGAGUUCGACUCUGAAGUGGUGAGCCAAGCCAAAGCUGACCUGGUCCUUGUGGGUCUCGUUGGAAUCGUUGAUCCUCCAAGGGAAGAGAUUCCUGACGUGGUCAGAACGCUGAGACGUGCUGGGAUAAGGAUAUUUAUGGUUACCGGUGACUUUGGGCUCACUGCUCUAGCUAUUGCACGACAAUGUGGGAUUGUGACAACUGAAGGCAUUGUGGAUACGGUCGCUUCCCUACAAAGGUCUAAUCAAAUGAGCGAGAAGCUUACCCCAUCGACACCGUCUCCCGCAAUCGUCAAGCUUCGCAUCGUCAGAGAACUCCGUUCGCGGGACGAGAUUGUUGGCAUGACUGGAGACGGAGUCAACGAUGCUCCCUCUCUCAAGGCUGCGGACAUUGGCAUCGCCCUAGGCAGUGGCUCCGAUAUUGCCAUUGAAGCGGCCGAUAUGGUCCUUCUUGACAGCUUCUCGGCGGUUGUAGAGGCCGUACAAUACGGUCGAGUUGUUUUUGACAACCUGAAGAAGACCAUCGUGUACCUGCUGCCUGCCGGUUCCUUCUCUGAGUUCUGGCCCGUUUUUACCAAUGUUAUGUUCGGGCUUCCUCAGGUCCUCUCGUCAUUUCUGAUGAUUAUCAUUUGUUGUUUCACUGAUUGUGCUGCCGCCACCGUUUUGGCUUAUGAAGCCCCCGAAGCCGACGUUCUACUACGCCCGCCUCGCAAACCAAAGCGCGAUCGACUCGUCAACUGGAAGUUGAUAUUCCAUGCCUAUGGUAUCCUGGGUAUGAUAGAGAGCAUCGCCUCCUUCGCCAUGGCAUAUUGGUACCUUGAACGCAGCGGUAUUCCCUUCUCAGCAUUAUGGUUUAAGUUCGGAGCUGUUCCCUCCAACCUCGACCAGGACUACUACCAAGCCCGUCUGAAUGAAGCCAGUUCAAUCUAUUUCAUCAAUCUGGUUGUAAUGCAAUGGUUUAACCUAAUGGCCAUUCGAACCCGGCGCUUGUCCAUCUUCCAGCACCCACCCGCCUUCAAUAAGGACACUCAAAACCUCCUCCUCUUCCCAGCGAUUGCCUUUGCCCUAUGCAUGGCCGUCUUUUGGCUGUAUGUACCGGCCUUCCAGGAGGUGCUGGAUACAAGCAGUGUUCCUGUAGAACAUUAUUUCCUUCCCGCUGCUUUUGGCUUGGCUGUGAGGAGGUGGCCUACAGGAAUUUUGGCGAAGUGUGCCUGGUAG